AGACAGACUCGUGUGGGUACAAGUCACACCAGCUAUACUCGCAGUAGAUACGAUGCCCACAGCAACGUCGUCUUUCAAUGGCUCCAACAGCGCAGCAGCUGCGGCUUCGAGUGGUCAGCCACACAUCCGGGCUACAAAGAAGACCAAGCGCUCACACCCUGCAUCAUCAUCCUCCGCCUUUGCAUCGACUUCCAGCCUCUCCCUCUCCCACCCUCAUCCGCUCAACAUCAAGCCAGCAGGCAAUGCCCUCCUCGCUUCGGGGCCUCCUUCGAGGUAUCUCACGCUAGGGUCACUUGCAAUCCUUUCAGACGACCUCAUCACCCAUGUCAUCACUGCCUACUCGAACAUUCUCACACCCAGCGACUUGUGCGCCCUUUCAGCCGUCAGCUCCGCCUGGAGAGCCUUUGCAAAUCAAGAAGGAGUGUGGAGAAAUACCUUCAUCGAGAGGCACGGCGGGAUAAUGAAGCCAGAGAUCGGAUGGAGGGGCAGCUGGAAGAUGACCUGCCUCGCCCACCUCGCAGAGCAGCAGGGUAAGGCUUUCCCGCCCUCCUCUCGGCUCGCCUCUAUCAGGCCCAGCAAUCCAUUCUAUUCGGACUCGCUCUAUCUUCCUCAUCGCCUCUCACUUCUGCCGCUCUCCAAGUAUCUUCCAACAGGAAGCGCAGGCAGUAAUCCAUCGACGGCCAUCCCUCGUAUACCCGCCUCGAGCUCCCUCGCCGACUUUCACGCUCGAUACCCAGCACUGAACAAGCCCGUGAUCAUCGAAGCCCCGGAAGAGAGCUCGAUAGCGGGACUGGGUACGAGCACAGAAGGAUUGAAAGACAAGUACAGCUCCCGAUGGGUACGCGCUGAAGCCAUCCGGACUACCGUCAGUGUCUACGCCCAAUACUCUCACUGCUGCGAGAAACAACAGAGUGCCAUUGCCCGGGCCGACGGCGACGAGGACGUUGCGAGGGUAGCCGAAGUCCGCUACGACCCAAUGACUGUCCCGGAUGAGUCCCCCUUCUAUCUCUUCGACAGCGAGAUUCCGUCGCAAAUGGCCGCCGACGGCCUCUGGACCGUCCCGCAGCAGAUUCUGCAGUGUCCCUCCUCGCCCUACCAGAUUCAACGCAGCAGCCCAGAAAGCGCGCAGCGACAGCAGGUGGAAGCAGACCUGUUCUCACUCCUCUCCUCCUCCCGUCCAGAUUACCGCUGGCUCAUCGCCGGCCCAACGCGUUCUGGGUCCGGCUGGCAUAAGGACCCAAACUAUACCUCUGCGUGGAACACGCCUCUUUCAGGCCGCAAGCUUUGGCUGAUGCUGCCCCCGCAUGUCGCGCCACCGGGCGUAUAUGUGAGCGAAGACGGGGCAGAGGUGACUGCGCCCGUCAGUCUCAUCGAGUGGCUGGACGACUUCUAUGUAGAGACCAAACGGCUCCAUGGACCUCCUUCUUCCUCCUCUUCCGCCCGAGGCGGGAUCGGUGGUGGUGGGGAUGGCCAACUUCUCGAAGGCAUUUGUGGACCGGGAGAGACAGUCUAUGUCCCCAGUGGGUGGUGGCACCUAGUCGUCAAUCUCGAGGAAUCCGUCGCCCUCACCCAAAACUUUGUCAGUCUGGCCGAGUUGCCCGAGGUCCUUUUCUUUAUGAAGCACAAGCCCGAGCAGGUCUCCGGCUUCAAGUUCAGCAAGACUUCUUCUGAGGGCAGAGAAGAAGGCUCGCAGCAGCAGCAGGUGGGACAGGAGGAAGAAGACCAAGAGGAAGACGAGGAUGAAGUCGAGGGCGAUGCAGACCCAAGAAGAGGCCUGUACGACGUCUUUCUCGGCAAGCUCAAGGUGUACGACGAGGAGCUUGCUACAUGGGCAUUGCAGAAGCUGGCUGUCAUCGAGGAGCGAGAGAAGGCUACACUUGAGGCUGCUCGUCGCGAGCGAGAAGCAGGCGCUGCCGAUGGCAGUAUCAAGAGGAAGCGCAAGACGGACGAGGAAGAGGGCGGGCUGACGUGGUGGGAUAAGCUGAAAGCGGGAGAGGGCAACGCUGGUGCUGAGGCCGGCGAGCAGGACAAGACAGCCGGAGGAGCUACCUUUGCGAUGGGACUAGCAGAGGAUGAGCUGGAGGAUGUGCCGUGGUAGCACUAUCAUCGUAUCUUUGCAACACUGUUCUUUGUAAUGCUACAUUGUCUUCUAACGCCUUG